AUGAAUAGAAAGGGUUGUGACAUUGAAGCAACAGGCAUCAACUACACAAUCUACACUCAAAAACCACAACCCCCUUUCAAGAUCUUUAACAAAGAUCAACAAGUUACACAAUAUCAACAACCCUUUCCUGAUCCUGACACCAACCCCAAAGCCCGUCGGGUUCUUCGCGAAGUAAGUUGCCAUGCAAAACCAUGGGAGGUCCUUGCCAUCGUGGGCCCUAGUGGCGCCGGAAAAUCAUCUCUGCUUGAGAUCCUUGCCGGAAAACUCACUCCACAAACGGCAACCAUCUAUGUCAACAAAAAACCCGUGGACAAGUCAAGAUUCAAGAAGACUUCAGGGUAUGUUACGCAAAAGGAUACCUUGUUCCCUCUACUCACAGUGGAAGAGACACUAGUUUUUACAGCUAAACUCCGACUGAACCUUCCUAACCUUGAGCUGAGAUCACGGGUCAAGUCGUUAAUCCAGGAACUUGGGUUGACCCAUGUGGCAAAUGCACGUGUUGGGGAUGAUCGGGUUCGUGGGAUUUCAGGCGGAGAGCGACGGCGGGUUUCUAUAGGAGUUGCGGUGGUUCAUGACCCGGAAGUGGUGAUUCUCGAUGAACCCACUUCGGGGUUGGAUAGUAACUGCGCCUUUCAGAUCAUAGACAUGGUCAAAACCAUGGCUGAGACCAGAGGCAAGACUGUGAUCCUUAGCAUCCAUCAGCCGGGUUUCAGAAUCAUCAAGCUUUUCAAUUCAAUAUUACUCUUGGCAAACGGCACCGUUUUGCAUCAAGGAACAGUUGAUGAACUCAACCUCUCUCUACGGCUCAUUGGGCUUGAGCCACCUCUUCAUGUUAACAUCGUUGAGUUUGCAAUAGAUUCAAUUGAUUCGAUACAACAACAAAAGAACCAAAAGUUAUCAAAUCUUGAACAAGAUAUAAUUACUGCUUCAACAAACAGAAUCACACAAGGUAAGUUCACUUUACAACAACUCUUUCAACAAUCAAAAGUAAUCGACCUCGACCAGGAUCACGAAGACAACCAAGAUCAAGAACAAGAACAAGACCAAAUGAUUACAGAUGGCUUCGCCAAUUCAAGAUUCUUCGAAGCAGUAAUCUUGACUCAUCGAUUCUGGAAGAAUAUUUCUCGAACAAAAGAGCUUUUUGCAUAUCGAACUCUCCAAAUGCUCGUAUCAGUAGAAGCUCUACCAGUUUUCUUGCAAGAAAGGGAAAUACUAAUGAAGGAAACUUCAUGCGGAAGUUAUCGAGUUUCCUCAUACGCAAUAGCAAACGGACUUGUAUACUUGCCAUUUUUGCUAAUCCUUGCGGUUUUAUUUGCCACCCCGUUAUACUGGUUAGUCGGGUUGAACCCCAGUUUCUUUGCAUUCUCGAGGUUCCUCCUCUUGAUCUGGUUGAUUCUCUACACCGCAAACUCGGUGGUGGUGUGUUUUAGCGCACUGGUUCCGAAUUUCAUUGUGGGAAACUCAGUGAUAUCAGGUGUGAUUGGAUCUUUCUUCCUGUUUUCGGGUUACUUUGUGUCGAAGCAAGGUACGCCAAAGUACUGGAUAUUCAUGCACUAUAUUUCAUUGUUCAAGUAUCCAUUUGAAGGAUUGUUGAUGAAUGAGUUCUCUGGUGAUGCUGAAGGCAAGUGUUUGGAGUAUCUGUUUGGAAAGUGUUUGGUGAGUGGUGAAGAUGUGUUGAGGGAACAAGGAGGUUAUGAGGAUGAUGAACCUAUAAAACUCUCUCAACCUCUACUACCAAAAUUAAAGAACACACAACCAUUUACACUAGUUGCCACCAACCACCACCCCCAUACAUUCGUCGCCUUCUACAGCCGGAGAAUCGCCGUCUCUUCCUACCUUCGGCGAACGACCGCCAUCGGCCACCUCCGACCACCAUUGGUAACAAUCCCCACCAUCGACUCCUCUCCCUUCAGAUCCGGUUUAGAUCUUUUUAGAUCUGGUCCAGAUCUAGUCCAUCGCCAUCCUUCGACGACUUUCCACCACCAACCUCUGGAGCAUCAGAUAUGCUACUGGACCGUCGACGUUAAACUACCGUCAAACCAUCACAUUUGUUUACUCCAACACCGAUUUACAGAUUUCAUCCUCUAA